AUGAUCAGAGAAGUUUGUAAAUUACCAGUUGAAAUUGGACCAUGUAGAGCAAGAAAACCAAGAUUUUAUUUUGAUAAUCAGAAAAAUUCAUGUAUCAAGUUCUUUUAUGGUGGAUGUGAAGGAAAUGAUAAUAAUUUCUUAACUAAAGAGGAAUGUGAAAAAGCUUGUGGUACAAGUUAUGCUUUAAUAAUAAGAUAUUAUAAACUUUCAGAUUAUGAAGAUGUUUGUGCAUUACCUGUAAAUUUGGGUACAUGUAGAGCAAAAGUACCAAGAUUCUAUUUUAAUUUACGUCGAAAACGAUGUGAAAUAUUUUAUUAUGGUGGAUGUGGUGGAAAUUUAAAUAAUUUCAAAACAUUAGAAGAAUGUGAAGAAAUUUGCAGUUUUGAUGGAUGA